AUGUCCGACGACGAUUUCAUGCAAGAAUCCGACGAGGAGCAGUACGACUUCGAUUACGAAGAUGAUGACGCCGACGAUUCCGGAGAUGUCGAUAUCGAAAACAAAUACUACAACGCCAAGCAAGUAAAGGCUACUGAUGCGGAAGAGGCGAUCACAGAGUUCUUAGGAAUCCCGGAGCUCGAACCCGAGAAGGGCGAUUGGGGAUUCAAAGGUCUGAAACAAGCCAUCAAGCUGGAGUUCCGACUUGGAAAAUAUGCAGAGGCCGUCGACCAUUACACCGAGCUCCUCACAUACGUCAAAUCCGCCGUCACCCGUAACUACUCAGAGAAGUCAAUAAACAACAUGCUAGACUACAUCGAGAAAGAGUCAGAGAAUGAUGAAGCUCGCCAGGCCAUGGAGCGGUUCUAUUCCCUGACUUUGAACUGCUUCCAGAAUACGAAUAACGAACGACUAUGGCUCAAGACCAACAUAAAGUUAGCCAAACUCCUCCUUGACCGCAAGGAAUACCUUUCGGUUACGAAGAAGCUACGAGAGCUUCAAAAGGCUUGCCAGCGGGAAGACGGUACAGAUGACCCUAGCAAGGGUACCUAUUCCCUGGAGAUCUACGCCUUAGAGAUUCAGAUGUACGCCGAGACACGCAACAACAAGCAGUUGAAGGUACUUUAUCAAAGAGCUCUUAAGGUGCGCUCUGCUGUACCUCACCCAAAAAUCAUGGGUAUCAUCCGCGAGUGUGGAGGCAAGAUGCAUAUGAGUGAAGAGAACUGGAAGGACGCGCAAAGUGACUUCUUCGAAUCUUUCCGUAACUACGAUGAGGCAGGAUCGCUACAGCGAAUUCAGGUCCUCAAAUACCUACUGCUUACCACCAUGCUCAUGAAAUCUGACAUCAACCCCUUCGAUUCGCAAGAGACGAAGCCUUAUCGCAAUGAUCCCCGCAUAGCGGCUAUGACGGAACUUGUAGACGCAUACCAGCGAGACGACAUGCACACCUAUGUCAGCGUACUGCAGAAGAACCAAGAUAUCUUGGCCGACCCCUUCAUUGCAGAAAACAUAGACGAAGUUACUCGUAACAUGCGUACCAAGGCAAUCGUCAAGUUAAUUGCACCAUAUACGCGUAUGAAGCUAUCAUGGGUUGCGCGUCAGCUCAAGAUAUCCGAGACGGAAGUUCAAGAUAUAUUAGGCUUCUUGAUCAUAGAUGGCAAGAUCAAGGGUAAGAUUGACCAGCAAACGGGAGUCCUAGAGAUUGAGUCGGAUGCUGAUGCCGGGCGGGUUCAUGCCAUUGAUAACUUGGCCGGUGCGUUGGCUGGGCUCUAUGCUACUCUAUUUAAGGACGGGGAUGGCUUCCGAGUAGUCGACACUCACCUUCAAUCAGAUGAUGCGACCCUAGCCCCGUUGUUUUCCAUCGAGAAUCGACGAGGGUUGACAACUAGCAAGGGUAAGAAGAACGUUAAGGGCCAUCUUGGCUAG